AUCGAACCGGUUUUCGGUUUUCCCGACGCCGUCUUAGCCAAAAUCCCCAAAUCGAUCGUCGUCGUCCUCAAUUGCACACACUGUGCCCUUCGUUUUCAAAAAGGGAACAGCUUUUUUUUUUAGGGUUUAUCGAAUCGAGCGAGCGAGCGAAUGAACUCAGCUCGCGACGUGUUUCUGGGUUUGCGAUGAAGCGAUGAAGCAGCCAUCUAUCAUACUCUGUGAUGAAGAAAGGUACUACCUUUGCCUUGAGAAGCUUCAUCCAGCUCUUUUCAUUUAACGCUCGUAAGCUCUCUUCCUCGUCGAUAACUGAUACCACCAGACCAUUCCCUGAUUACUCCCCGAAGAAACCUUCACUAAGAGACACCGAGCUCGUCCACCAAAUCGCCAAUGCGAUUAAGCUCCGCCGCGCUGAGCCUCUGAGACGCAGCUUAAAGCCUUACGAAUGCAAGUUCAAGACGGACCAUUUGAUCUGGGUGCUGAUGAAGAUUAGGUCUGAUUACAAUUUGGUUCUUGACUUCUUUGAGUGGGCGCGCUCCCGCAGAGACUCCACCCUUGAAGCACUCUGCAUCGUCACUCACUUAGCUGUUGCGUCUAAGGAUUUAAACGUGGCUUAUUCUCUUGUAAGCAGCUUCUGGGAGAGACCGAAGCUGAGUGUUAAUGAUUCCUUUGUACAGUUUUUUGAUCUUUUAGUGUAUACUUACAAGGACUGGGGCUCGGAUCCUAACGUGUUCGAUGUUUUCUUCCGAGUACUGGUCGAGUUUGGGAUGCUCCGUGAAGCGAGGAAAGUCUUUGAGAAGAUGUUGAGUUACGGAUUGGUUCUCUCUGUUGAUUCAUGUAACUUAUACCUUUCGAAAGAAAAAACUGCAACGGCUGUUAUAGUAUUCAAAGAGUUUCCUGAGGUGGGAGUCUGUUGGAACGUUGCUUCUUAUAACAUUGUGAUUCAUUGCGUUUGUCAGCUUGGGAGAGUAAGCGAAGCUCACCAUCUACUCGUUCUCAUGGAGUUGAAAGGGUAUAUCCCUGAUGUAGUGAGUUACAGUACGGUGAUAAACGGAUACUGUAGAUUUGGGGAGCUUGAAAAGGUCUGGAAGCUCAUUGAAGUAAUGAGAGAGAAGGGGUUGAAGCCAAACUCUUAUACUUACGGUAGCGUAAUUCUUCUGCUUUGCAGAAGCUGUAAGCUGGCUGAAGCAGAGGAGGCUUUUCGAGAGAUGAUAGGGGACGGCAUAGUUCCUGACAAUGUAGUGUACACAACUCUUAUUGAUGGUUUCUGCAAGGGAGGGAAUAUAAAGGCUGCAUCGAAGUUUUUUUACGAGAUGCUCUCUCUGGAUAUUGCACCUGAUAUUGUGACGUAUACCGCUAUUAUAUCAGGGUUUUGUCGUGUUGGAGACAUGGUGGAGGCUGGUAAGCUCUUCCAUGAGAUGAUUUGCAGAGGUUUGGAACCGGAUAGUGUUACUUUCACCGAAGUUAUCAAUGGAUACUGCAAAGCAGGGGAGAUUAAAGAGGCUUUUAGCGUUCAUAAUCGCAUGAUUCAGGCUGGGUGUUCUCCUAAUGUUGUCACAUACACCGCAUUGAUUGAUGGUCUCUGUAAGGAAGGGGACUUGGACUCAGCAAACGACCUUCUCCAUGAGAUGUGGAAGAUUGGUCUUCAACCGAAUCUUUUUACUUAUAACUCCAUCGUCAAUGGUCUGUGUAAGUCAGGGAACAUCGAAGAGGCGAUUAAGCUUGUUGGAGAGUUCGAAGCUGCGGGGAUUAAUCCAGACGCUGUCACUUACACAACGUUAAUGGACGCCUACUGUAAAUCAGGGGAGAUGUCUAAGGCUCAAGAGGUUUUGAAGGAGAUGCUAGGGAGAGGGCUUGAGCCUACGGUUGUCACGUUCAACGUACUAAUGAACGGGUUUUGUUUGAACGGGAUGUUGGAAGACGGCGAGAAGCUUCUGAACUGGAUGCUGGCGAAAGGGAUAGCACCUAACGCGACCACGUAUAACUCUCUCGUGAAGCUGUAUUGCGUUAGAGGUGACGUGAAGGCAGCCGCUGCGGUUUAUAAGGACAUGUGUGCUCGGGAAGUGGGGCCUGAUGGUAAGACGUAUGAGAAUCUGAUUAGAGGGCAUUGCAAGGCGAGGAACAUGAAGGAGGCUUGGUUUUUGUACCGAGGGAUGGUGGAGAAAGGGUUUAGAGUCUCUGCUGGCACGUAUAGUGAUCUUAUUAAGGGGUUCUUUAAGAGGAAGAAGUUUGUGGAGGCGAGAGAGGUUUUUGAGCAGAUGAAAAGAGAAGGAAUUGCUGCGGAUAAAGAGAUUUUUGACUUCUUCAGUGAUACAAAAUUGAAGGGGAGGAGGAAGACAGAUACAGUUGUGGAUCCUGUUGAUGAUAUAAUAGAGAGUUACCUUGUGGAUGAAGAAUUGAGGGAAGCUAAUUAGGUGGUGGUAAGGUCAGAACUCACAAGUUUAUCUUAGUGAGGAAGUUUCUGUUUCUCAAGUGGUCAGUGUGUAUCUUUGAUUUGGAACAGUUGUUUAAAACUUAAAAGCAAGGGGGGGCAGGAAGGGUACUAAGUGGAGGUUCAAUGCAUUCUCAAGGAAAAUUGCCCUGAAAGACUUUCAGGGACUUGUUCACGGCUGAUUACCAACAACGAGAAUAUGUCGAGAGCAGACAUUGCAAAGAAGCUGUAGGAGAUGAUGUUCUGCUGAGAGAGCUAUCUUAACCAGCUCUUCAAAGAUAUCUGCUCUCGGUCAUGAAAUGGAACUGGCCACAGGUGGCUUGUAAAGAUGAUGACGAAAGAGCUUCUCUUUAUUGUUUGAGUUAUGGUUGGUGAUAAAAACAUAUGUUGAUUUCUUUUUGCUGUAAUGAAAACUUUAUAUUUAGAUUAGGCCAGUUACGGUUUUAGGAACGUACUAACGUUACAUUAUACUCUUGUAGAAAAAUAAUCGCCAUUGUCCUUAUAUAUCUUCAGUUGGAAUGGAAGUCUUUUAUCAAUAAA